UAAAUUGAAAUUAUAAUAUCUAUUACUUUGAAAACAAGAGUUGAAAACCGCAUCUAAAUCAGCUAUGUAAAAUUUGAAAUAAUAUUUAUUACUUGCUUACUACUUAUCUGCAAUGAGAAGAUAAUUUUUAUUAUAAUCAGCAACCUUGACAUAUUACAAUAGUACUUACGUUUGAAAAGCGUCAUCGUGUUCUGUAAAAUCAUUGCGUAAAAGUAGUAUUGUGGAUUGCUAAGUAUUGGUCGUAAAACCUUAACAAUGGAACUCUUUCAAGGAGUUAUCGAUAAAUAUAAUGGAGUAACAGUUACCUCUGAUGAUGAGCCAUGUGAUCCACAAGACUUUAAGAAUCGCCUCAAAAGUUCCUUAUCUAAAUGGACACAUGAAAAUAAGAGGUGCAUAUGGUUCAAAGUACACAUUAAGGAUGCUGUCUUGGUACCUCUACUUGCAAAUGAGGGAUUCAAUUUUCAUCACUCUAGGGAUACAUUUGUUAUGAUGUACAAAUGGUUGCCUACAGAUCGGUCACCAAAUCUACCUCCAGCUUGCCACACAAACCUCGGUGUAGGUGGCCUUGUUUUUAAUGAGAACAAUGAAAUCCUAGUUGUAUCGGAGCAACAUAUUGACUACCCGCACUGGAAACUCCCUGGUGGAUAUGUUGAAAGAGGUGAGGAUAUUAAGGAUGCAGCUAUGAGAGAAGUCAAAGAAGAAACAGGCGUAGAUAGUGAAUUUGAAUCUCUAGUUACCCUGAGGCACACUCAUAAAAUGGCUUUUGGAAAUUCUGAUGUUUAUAUUGUUGUGAUGUUAAAAGGCAAAUCUCAUAACAUCACAAAAUCUGACAUAGAAAUCAGAGAUUGCAAGUGGAUGAGUGUAGAAGAGUACUUAAAUCAUCCCCAUGUGCACGAAUACAACCGGUUUAUUGUUAGACAAGCUUUAGACUUGAAAGAAAGAAAAAUGAAGUUGAACUUGAACAAGUCUAAUUUAAAAUUUGCGACAUGGUCGAGAGAUAUCACUUCUCUUGUUAUAGAAGAUUUGUAGAUAUCAAUUCAAUGCUAUGAUCUUGUGUAAAUAAAUGAGGAUUGGUUGAAACAUAAUAUUUUAAUAAGUACAUAGAACUUAUUGCCAUACAAACUAUAAUUAUGCAAAUAGUGCUAGUCAAAUAGAGGUGGUGGCUAUGGAAGACCUACCCAUGUAGGAGAGGAUAGCUGCAGUAGUGAAAUCAAUUUGUUAGAAGGUUGUAGUUUGGUAGAUAAUGAAUAGCUAUAUUAUUAAGUCACUAUAAUUUAUAUAGACAAUUGAGAAUAUUGGCUGAAGUACAAAAUGAUUCAGAGGGAUAGAAAUACAGACAUGGCGAAAAUAAAGGAGUAUAACAAGAAAACAUUUAUAUUUUAAGAUGUGUAUGACAUGUAUCUUAAUGUCAAUAAAUAAAAUAAAUAUACA